AUGGAUAGGGAUUUUGAAUCAAUGGAGUUAGAGUCGUUCUUGAUGGAGUUAGAGUCGUUCUUGAUGGAGGAAGAACUGUAUUCAACAAUGGAAGCAACUAACAAUGCUUACACUACUUUCAACUUCGAUGACCAGCGGGCUGUUCAGCCUCCUGAGAUUCCUCAAGAAUUUGAUUAUUCUGAUCUUUCCAGCACUUCUUUAUUUGCAGAUCCACCUCUUCUUCCUUCUUUUUCUCCUCAAGAUCCAAAACUUGGGUCUCAAGGAGAGAAAAUGUUGCAAGAAAAGCAUUUGUGUCUGCAACAAAAUCAACAAGAACAAGUUCUAGAGAAGCAACAACAGGAGGAGGAAGAAGAGGAUGUGGAGGUGGAGGUGGAAGUGGAAGGGGAAGGGGAAGGAGAAAGUGAUGCUAAGAAGCAAAAUGGGAAUGAGGGUACAAGUAGAAAUAUUGUAUUUGAAAGGAAGAGAAGAAAGCGUUUAAAUCAACAACUCAUGACAUUAAGGUCUCUUGUCCCCAACAUUACAAAGAUGGAUAAGAGUUCGAUUCUUAUCGAUGCUCAUGCUUAUCUCCAGAAUGUACUGCAACAGAUAGAUAAAGAAAUGGAGAAACCCAGUUUACCCAAAUCAUCGACUUUUGCUUCUUCCUCAUUAGGGGAAGAUUCAUCUACUAUGGUUGAUGUUGAAGCUCCACCAUUGAAGGUUCAUACUCAAGAGUUUGAUCGUUUUGCUUGUAUUCCUGCAAUCUCAAAGAUAGAAGGAGAUAUACUGGGUGAUGAAAGGUUCAUAUUGAAGAUUUGGUGCAACAAGGGAGUGGGAGCAGUUGGGCUUGUUGAAAGAGCAAUUGAGAUGCUGGGUUUGCAAAUUACAUGUGCGUCAAUUGAUCAGUUUGAUAAUGCAAAUAUGGUUACUACCACUUUCCUUCGUAGUAAGAAAAAGGGGGUUUUUACCCUAGAAAAGCUCCUGAAGAAGGUGAAAACAAAUGCUACAGAGUUGGGUCUCUGGUUGUAAUUUUAACAAA